AUUUUUUUUGUAAAGUGUGGCAAAAUGGUCACCGUUCCCGCAAACCCAAGGUUUCACACACCUUCACAAAACCUGCCUCAGUCUCUCUCUCUCUCGAUUCGACGAAACUCUAACCCUAGCGUCUGGAAGGUCUCUCUCAUGGCGUACCAGAACCCCGAUCACGAACCAGGAUCCGACUCGAAUACCCAAACUCGACUCUACAACCCAUACAAGGACCUUGAGGUCCCAAUUCGAAACCUCUACCAGCUCCCAACCUCCCCAGAGUUUCUCUUCGUCGAGGAGUCUCAUCAUAAGCGCCGAUCAUGGGGCGAGAACCUCACCUUCUACACCGGCUGUGGCUACCUCGCCGGAGCUGUUGGCGGCGCCGGGGCCGGCCUCGUUAACGGCGUCAGAUCCUUCGAAUCCGGCGACACAAUUAAGCUCCGACUCAAUCGUGUCCUGAACUACUCCGGGCAUUCUGGUCGGGCGUGGGGAAACCGGAUCGGCAUCAUCGGGCUGCUCUACGCCGGCAUAGAGAGCGGGAUUGAGGCCGCGAGGGACACCGACGACGUCUGGAACAGCGUCGCGGCGGGGCUCGGUACCGGCGCGCUGUAUCGAGCGGCGAGAGGGGUGCGAUCGGCGGCGGUGGCCGGAGCGGUGGGUGGCGUUCUGGUUGGAGUGGCCGUUACAGCGAAGCAGGCGUUGAAACGAUAUGUGCCUAUAUGAAGAGAACAUAACAUAGUGUGAGUGUUAACUUCAAUCUUUUUUUUAAUUAUUUUAUUUAAUUAAUUUUGAGCUAUAGUUGAAGCUUUAGUUAUAGAUUAUAUAAUAUAAUUUAUCGUGUCAUCUUGUAAUGAAUGUCAUCUUGUAAUGAAUGAUUAUUGUGACGGCAUUAAAGCUGGGUAUUCAU